AUGCCGGACAGCCAACGGUGCGAACAUUAAGGUAAGGCAGCCAUGCCAAGGCCGUCUCUUCCCUCCUAUGACUCUGCUUAGCCGCUGCACUCCUUCGCCGGAUAAACUCCUCAAAGCGCCGUCGUCCUGCUCCCUCUCCUUUAUCCUCGCCCUCCUCAGAGCCUGCAAGGCCACCCGUCACCUCCAACAGGUGCACUCCCGCAUCGUCCGCAAGGGCCUAGAGCAAGACCACUUCAUCAUCACCCACUUCAUCUGCUUCUGUAACUCUCUUCGAAACCUCCUGUACGCCACCACCGUCUUCAAUCGCGUCCUCAAACCCAGUCUCUAUCUCUGGAACUGUCUCAUCAAAGGACAAUGCGAUCAUUCUUCCGCAGCUGCGACUUUCACGGUCUUUGUUCGUUUGAAGCGGUCUGAAACUGCCCCGGAUAAGUUUACUUUUCCGUCUUUGAUUAAAGCAUGUUCGAAUGAGUGUGCGAAGAGGGAAGGCAUGGUCGUUCAUGGGCUGACCAUGAGGUGCGGAUUGGAUGAUGAUGUGUUUGUGAGGACCAGCCUGAUUGAUUUUUAUGGGAAGUGUCGAGGGAUUGAGUGUGCGCGCAAGCUGUUUGAUGGGAUGCAUGAGAAGAAUGAGGUUUCUUGGACGGCUAUGAUUGUUGGGUAUGUAAAUGCCGGUGAUGUUGCUGAAGCUACGAAGUUGUUUGAUGAAAUGCCGCGAAGAAAUAUUGUGUCUUGGAAUGCGAUGAUUGGUGGGUUUGUGAAAUUUGGGGAUUUGAGGAGUGCUAGGAGAUUGUUUGAUGAGAUGCCUGAAAGGAAUGUGGUUUCUUUCACAGUGAUGAUUGAUGGGUAUGCAAAGGCGGGUGACAUGGCGUCAGCGAGGCUUUUGUUUGAGCAAUCCCCCAGUGUAGAUAUUAUUGCAUGGUCAGCUUUGAUAUCGGGGUAUGCACGAAAUGGUCAGCCAAAUGAAGCUGUGAAGAUUUUCUUUGAAAUGGGUUUGAGGAAUGUUAAGCCUGAUGAAUUUAUAAUGGUGAGCUUGAUGUCGGCUUGUUCCCAAGUUGGUGACUUGGAACUGGCUAAAUGGGUUGAUUCUUACUUGGAUAGGAGUUCAAUUGAUCUCCAUCGAGCUCAUGUUGCUGCAGCCCUUGUAGACAUGAACGCAAAGUGUGGGAAUAUGGAGAGAGCGGCAAAAUUAUUUGAAGAAAUGCCUAGAAGGGAUGUAAUUUCAUACUGUUCUAUGAUGCAAGGCUUGUCAAUGCAUGGGCGUGGGGCUGAGGCUGUUUGCCUCUUUGCUAGAAUGCUGAAUGAAGGGCUGACUCCGGAUGAUGUGGCCUUUACAGUUGUCCUGACAGCUUGUAGUCAUGCGGGACUUGUUGAAGAGGGGUACUUUUACUUUGAUACCAUGAUCAGUGACUACUGUAUAGUUCCUUCUCCCGAUCAUUAUGCAUGUAUGGUUGAUCUUCUUGGCCGAUCGGGACGGUUAGAAGCAGCUUAUGAGCUUAUAAAAUCAAUGCCUGUAGAGCCCCAUGCUGGUGCUUGGGGUGCACUUCUUGGGGCUUGUAAACUACAUGGAAAUAUUGAGUUAGCAGAGGUGGUUGCUGGACGGCUUUUUGAGCUUGAACCUCACAAUGCUAGUAACUAUGUGUUGUUAUCUAACAUCUAUGCUGCAGCAGAUCAGUGGUUGGAUGUUUCUCUUCUACGGGAUACAAUGAAGGAGAGAGCACUUAGAAAGAUACCGGGUUGCAGUUGGAUCCAUUUGUAGUCAAAGAAUUGUGGUAUUUUAUUUUAUACAGCGCCAUAGCUUGAGGGCAUUUUAUUUGCAAGAAUUCAACUUUUUUGGAAUUGUCACACAGCAUUGUGAUGAUGAAGACUAAACCCCAGAUAAGAAAUUACAGUUUGGCAAUGGGUUGAUCAAUGUGUAGGGUUCGUGAAUCUCUGCAUGUGAAGACUUGCACAUAUGAGCAAUUACCUCUGAGGUGUGGAUUUCUAUUUGCAUGUUCUUUGAUUUUCUUUAUUCUAAGAGGUCCAAAUGACAGUUGUACAAGAAGGAUCAUACAGCAUCCUUCUGGACGGUGAACCAUGCUUUCAUAAUUUGAUGAUUCCUUGAGGAUGGCUUAAGAAUGUCUCACCUUCCUGGUCCUGGGAGUCUAAGUGGAGUGUGAGCAAGGGUUUUUAAAAUGUAGUGACCGUUAACUUUCUUGAUUGUUACAUAACAAGUGUUAGGAUAGAUUACAGUUCAUUUUAUUUAUGGCAUUUUUUUUAUUUUUAUUUUUGUUUUUUGUUUUUUGACAGUAUUUGUCAGUUUUUACGUCAUUGUCGUGGUAAGGGCUUUAUCCAGUAUAUUAUGCUAUACUGGCAAGGAAGCAAAAUGGAUUGCCAGAAAGACUUGCAUACUUGCACUUUUAUAGGUUUCCACUUUGUUGCAGCUCAAAUGUGCAGGCUAACUAUUGAUGGAGUUGCUCAUGAGAGAAUGCCAGAUUCUCCAAAUAUGUCCCAUGUUCCUCACCACAAAAUUCAUAUGCGAGUUUAUCAUAAAUGCAGAGAUGAGCUCAAAGAAGCAAAUGACUAAUUUAAAAAGUUUGAGCUUUUCAUCAAUGAUGUUUGAGGAGAAAAUGUUGGCAUCUGUAAAUCAGAGGUGGGAGAGGUAAAGUUUUGCUGUUCCCUAUUUAAGCCUCCUCCAAGGCGAAAAUUGUCACUGUUCUAGGUAAGUUUUCUAUGAUGCUAGGAUUUGAGCGUGGUAAUGAAAUAAAUGGGGGCACGAGUGUUCUUAAACUGAAUUAUUUAAUUGUGAAGUUAAAAGUUGUCUUUAUUUUCUGUCUAUGCAUGCUGUGUAUUAAGCAAUGUUAUCAUGUCCACAUUGUAUAAUUUAUUUUGAUAAUUGAUAUCAAUGGUCUUAUUUU